AUUUCCGUCAUUUAGGCGUAGUCGUUUGUUUGUCCAGUUCUGCAUGUUUGUUGUAUGUUUGUUACUCUAAAAGUGUGUGGUGCAGUCGUGAUUGUGUGGUUUAGGUUUUGUAUACGCGCACUAAAUCCACAGCAGCAGCCAGACUGGGAUUUUUGACCUUCCUGCGUCCACAUAUUGUGAAAGGUAUAAAAACGACUGCCAGAGGAUCUCAUUGUCUCUUUACAUUCAUCACAGCAAUACGACUACACUGGGAAAUGGCCACUGCAGGGAAGGUGAUCAAAUGUCGGGCCGCUGUUGCCUGGGAGCCCAAGGCUCCCCUGGUAAUGGAGGAAAUAGAAGUUGCCCCACCGCAGGAAGGAGAAGUUCGAAUUAAGAUUUUAUAUACAAGUCUGUGUCACACUGACCUUUUUCACCUGUUGGAGUCGACGGACAAUAAAGGUUUUCCCACUAUACUGGGGCAUGAAGCAGCUGGAGUGGUGGAGAGUGUUGGACCUGGAGUCACUGAAUUCAAACCAGGUGAUAAGGUCAUUCCAAACUCUGGCUGUCAGUGCAGAGAAUGCAAGUUCUGCAAGAGUCCAAAAACAAACCUGUGUGAGCGCAGCUGGGUAAAUGAUCAUAUUGAAUUCAUGUCAUAUCCCAAAACAAGUUUCACCUGCCGUGGUAAGCCCAUCCUGCAGUUCACCAACACAGGAACUCUGGCCGAGUACAUUGUUAUCAGACAGAUUUAUGUGGUAAAGAUUGAUGAUGAUGCUCCUCUGGACCGCGUGUGUCUGCUGGGCUGUGGAGUCACUACAGGAUAUGGAGCUGCCGUCAACUCAGCUGGGGUUACUCCAGGCUCUGUGUGUGCCGUGUUUGGACUCGGUGCGGUCGGUCUGGCUGCAGUCAUGGGCUGUAAAAAUGCCGGAGCAUCUCGCAUCUUUGCUGUGGAUAUUAAUGAAAAGAAGUUUGAGAAGGCCAAGGUGUUUGGAGCUACAGAUUUCCUGAAUCCCCAAGCAUACAAUAAACCCAUCUCUGAAGUGCUGAUAGAAAUGACCAAUGGAGGAGUGGACUUCUCUCUGGAGUGUGUGGGCAACACUGAAGUAUCGAGGCAUGCACUGGAGUCGUGUGCUAAAGGUUGGGGUUUGAGCGUUUUGGUUGGAUACACUAAUACGGACUUCUCUUCAAAACCAAUUCAACUCAUAUAUGGGAAAACCUGGAAGGGAACUCUUUUAGGAGGUUUUAAGAUCAAAGACGGUGUUCCAAAACUGGUUCGUGACUACAUGUCUGGCAAAAUAAUGCUGGAUGAGUUUAUCACCCACAGAAUGAAUCUGGAGCAGGUCAACGAUGUUGUCAAACUCAUGAAAACUGGACAAUGCAUUCGAUGCAUCCUGGAUAUGUCCAAAUAAGAAGGAAAUUAUCUUCACGAUACUGACUACACUGCUACAGUACAAGACAACAGAUGGAAACCAAGACACUCCAUACUAGUUUAAUGUACUGUAGAUAUAGCUAAAGUGUGUCAAUCUUGUACUCCAAUUAUGAUUGCAAGCUCCUGAAUGAUCUUGUCACUUGUUGAAAAACGUGAUUUCUUUGUGAUUCUUUGUUGCGCAUUUAAAAAAAAAACAAAUAAAGGAGAAAAUAUACUUUAA